GGUUACAUCAGUACACGUGCUUCGUGCACACACAUUAAAUAGUUGUUCUUAGCGGCGUUUAUUCAUCGAUUGUAUAACGACAUUACUCUGAAAACUAAAAUCUCUUACAAGUUUUACAAUCAUGAGUUUUUCCGUGUACGAGUCAUACGUCGCUUUAUGCAACAACGAGCGUGUGAUAAUACACAAUGUUGAAAACGACGCUGAAAAUGUUAUAAUCUUGCCUGAUCUGGAGUCGAACAGCAAGAUAGACGUACACAACAAUGUAGACAUCGAGACUUAUCACAUGAUAACGUCUGUGACGUUCUCAGAGGAUGGAAAGUAUUUUGCAGUGUGUGCAAAUCGCAAGCAACUAUGCCUGUAUGAAACAAAGGACAUGAAGCUUCUGUCUAAUCGAACACUCGUCAGAGCUGCAAGCAAGAUAAGGUUCUCUCCAAACAACGAUAUUGUGGUCGCUGAUAAGGCUGGGGAUGCUUAUUUAUUCUCCAGCAGUUCUCCGAUGGAAAAUGGUGCUCUAAUUCUUGGACACUUGUCAAUGCUCCUCGAUGUACUUAUUACACAAAAUAUGAAGUGUAUUUUGACGACUGAUAGAGACGAAAAAAUCCGGGUUUCCAUGUAUCCUAACUGUUACAAUAUUGUGUCUUACUGUUUGGGACAUGCCAAGUUUGUGACAAAUAUUUCCGAAUUAUCUCAUGACAAGAGCAUAUUGAUAUCGUGCGGUGGUGAUGGAAAUUUAAAAUUGUGGGACUACAGGCAUGGAACUGAAUUAAUGUCUGCAAAUUUCGCCGACAAAAUAUCAAAACAUAUGGUUGAGAAAUUUAAUCGAGAUCUUCGUGACAAUUAUUACGACGAAUGCGUAGAUGUAUUGCCCGUCAAACAUAUGAGAGUAUCUCAUCUUGAUGAAACGGGAUCUUUGGUUGUAAUAAGUUUCUACCGGAGCGAAGUAUUGUUAAUUUAUAGCAUUAUUAGUAAGCAAGGAACACAAUUGAAAGUUAAUUAUUUGGAAUCCUUAUCUGUAGAAUUCGAACCAGUGGAUUGUGUUUUACACAAACAAAACUUGUGGGUAUUAACAGAUGUAGGACUGAAAGUGUACAAAUUCCAAGAUGAUAGAUUCAUUGCUCAUGAUGCUUUGAAUGGCACAAUGAAGCGUCUUAAUAACUCCUGGGGAACUUUAAAAGAUAUUAAUAUUAAGCAGAAUUUCUUUCCUGUUUUAUACAAGAGGAAAUACGAUAAUGUACAGGAAUAUUUUGAGAGGAAAAAAAUUCGUCUCGCGGCUAGCAAUACACUGUAAAUAUUGUAAUAUUGUUUUUAGAAAUGUUAUAAAUACAUCAAUUGUUUAACACAUAUUUCAUAAAAUGUGUAAAUAAACAUUUGCGAUAACCGAAACCUGUCUCAAUCAUUGCAGAUGUAUAUAUUUUAAAUUAAUGAUACCAGAGACUGCGUGCCAAUAAUAUCAUACAAGUUUGUUCGCGUUAACGCUUGUAUGGUUUAAGUUGGAUCACAUAUAAA